UCUAACCGCGCAUUUUGGUGAAUUUGCUGCACACUUUUCCGGCUGUUCUCUGGCAAAGCACAGCCUCGCGGACGAUGGCUUAUCAACCGUACGCGGAGUCAGAUUACACAGACUCAGAUUCCGAGUUUGAUUUUGCUUUCCCGAAGUCGACUACGCCGCGGGAGAUUCCGGUGAGGAGUGCACGAGAUGUGUUCCUGGACGCCCUGGAGACUGCCCUGCGGGAUGACGAUGUGGAGACAGUACGCCAGAGCCUCGUGAACGAGGAGUUUGCAUUAGGCGUGAACGAGACGCUGCCCAGGAGCAACUGGACGGCUCUGCUGCACGCCGCGCACGCGGGCAGCCUCGCGUGUGUGCAACUGCUGGUGGAGGAGAAGGAGGCGGACGUGAGUGUGGACUUUGAGUCCAUGACACCCAUCCUGCUGGCCUGUGACGCCUUGUCCAGCGACCAUGAGGCCGUCCGGAAGAUUGUGGAGCUUCUGCUGGCGCGCGGCGCCUCCGCCCAGGCGUCCGACAGAUAUGGUAUCACGCCGCUGAUGUACGCCUGCCGCCGCGGGAACGUGGCGCUGGCCGAGAUGCUGCUCAGCCGGUGCGAUCCUGAGGCGAUCGACAGCAACGGCCGCACGGCGCUCUUUCACGCCAUCGAGGAGGGCCGGCGCGACGCCGUGGCGCUAUUGCUGCGCCACGGCGUGUGCAAGGACGUGGUGGAUUUCAAGGGCUUCACCCCGAAGCGCCUGGCCGAGUACUGCGGCCACGCGGAGAUCGCUGAGUUGAUUCCGCGCGGCCCCGGCACCAUCGACAUUCCCACGAGCUUCCUCAGCUACUCGCGCAUGGAAGACGUCGUGCCCAGCCUUGGCAACUCCGAUGUGCCAGCAUACUUCCCCGACCUCAAGACCGUCCUCUUCGGCAUGGACUGCGAGCAACUGCUGCCGCUGUUCGCACUCAAGCGCGUCAGCCUGGAGCAGUUCCUGGCCGCCGACGACGCGGCGCUGACGGCGUGGGGUGUGCGGCUGCCCUAUCUGCGCAAGAAGCUCCUGCACGGCCUGUUCCUCUUCCACCAGCGCCAGUGGGCCAAGCAGAGCGUGCCGCGCUUCGACAAGCACGAGAAAAUUGACAUGCUGGACGUGUUCCGGAUCGCGGCAUCGAAUCUCAAGCACCUCGUUGUGCUGCAGGCGACCUGUGCGCACAUCCGCAACGCCAUGGCCAUGCAGCUGCAGCCGCCGGCGGAGCAGAAGGUGGCCAGCUGCCGCUACGCACUGCAGCAGCUGAUCGAGGCCACUGCCAGCCUGAAGGACAGAGUGUCUUACGUGCAGUCUUUCAACCCGCGGCCGAUCCUGCACAUCGAUCACGAGGCCGUGCGCAGGAAGCGCGUGAGCGACUCGCGCUGGCGCUAUGCGUUGAUCUCGCUGGCGGCCGUGAUCAGCGUGCUGGCGGUGCAGCGCGUGCGGCAGUAGAUGGCGAGCGUCGCGAGCGAUCGGACGUGUGCAGAUGAAGUGAAGGAGGCGAUCUAUUAAUAGCGUCGCAGAUGACCCAAAAGCAUCUGCUAAACUUGAUCUAUUUUUGAGCGGCCGAUCUUGUGAUCUCUGUGGUGAGUGGCGCAGAGAAGAAGGGACAGUCAGUGCGCGCGUUCACCUUCAGUGACACCACAGGUCGUGUGAGAGGUGAAAGUUUGUGAUCUUCCCGCCGAAAUGGAUAGAAUUCUCACCACUUUCUUUGCAUUUCUACUUGUGGCCGCAGGUAAAGAUAGACAAAAGCGUGCCUUUGGCUGAAAUUGAAUUUGCUCUGAGUCAAUUUAUGUUGUGUGUGGCGAAAGGAGGGAGACUUUUUGGCAAAAUUUGCGUGGUAAAAGUGAAAUUGUCUUAGCUAAAAAUAUACGCAAACCAAAGUUUGUAGUCAAGUGUUGGCAUCAAAUGUUGCAGAUAAAGCGCGAUGCCGUCGUUAAAAUCUUCUCAAAUAUGUGUCAGAGAGAAUGCUGUGUAAAUAUAAUGGAGUUUGAUGGACUUGAAAUAUACAUUUUGUGAAGUUA